AUGGCGCGGGAGGAGUGCAAGGCGCUGCUGGACGCGCUCAACAGGACGACCGCGCGCCACCACCAGCUGGCGCUGACCGUCGGCGGCUCGGCGGACUCGCGGGCGCUGCGGCGGGAGCUGCGGAGGACGCGCCGCGAGGCGCAGGAGCUGGCGGCGGCCGCCCGCGCCCGGCUGACCGCCCCGCUGCGCGACCGGGGCCUGGGCGGCGAGGAGCGCGCCGAGCUCGAGCGCCUGUGGGCGGCCUUCUCCGGCUGCCUGGACCUGCUGGAGGCCGACAUGCGGCGCGCGCUGGCGCUGGGCUCGGCCUUCCCGCUGCAGGCGCCGCGGCGGCCGCUGGUGCGCACGGGCGUGGCGGGGGGCCCGGGGGGCCCGGGGGGCUCGGCCCGCAGCCUGCGGCGCCUGGCGGAGCGCGACGGGGACGGGGACGGCGACGGGGACGCGGACGGGGACGACCUGCGCGAGCUGGAGCGGGAGGUCCUCCAGCUGAGCGACAUGAUCCGCGACAUGGAGAUGAAGGUCAACGUGCCCCGCUGGACCGUGCAGGCCCGGCAGACGGCGGGCGCCGAGCUCCUGUCCGCCGCCUCCUCCGCGGGCCCCGCGUCGGUGCAGGAGCGCUCGGGGCCCUGCGACCCCAGCAAGGCCCUGGCCGCCGCCGUCUUCAGCGCCGUGCUGCUGGCGGCCGUGGCCCUGGCCGUCUGCGUGGCCAAGCUGAGCUGACGGACACACGGACGCACGAGCCCUGCCCGGAGACAUCCCUCGGGAUCGACGGCCGCGCCUGGACUCGGGACGGGAGCGGGAUGCGCGCGUGUAAGGGACCGGGCCGCAACCCCCGAGUGUGCGCACGUGCGGGCACGCCUGCGGGGUCCAAGCACACGCCCGUCUGCCCCGGGCGGAACACGGGUUCCUCUUGCUGGCCCGGGAGGAGUUAAUUUUGCGCGGGCCGCCGGGGCAUUACCGCUAUUGCAAUGCAGCGGCUUUAUCCUCUUAUUAAUAGAAAACCGUCCACAGUGACCCCAGAUUUCUCCGAGUUAAUGGGUUGCCACGUGUGCUGCCAGGGGCGCGUUUAGGGAGUGUGAGGUGGGUGGUCUCCACCCCACGGGCGAUCCCCCCCUCUCCAAACUCGCGUGGGCCCGUUUGAAAGGGGGGCCGAGGUGGAAUGAAGUGGGUGGGGGGCGGGUUUCGCUCUGCGUGGGUGGGGAGUUUGUUUCCUGGGGGGAAAAAACUAAGAAGAUGUAAGCAGGUUUUAUUACCUUAAUCCCUUAGGGCCUAAGCCUAGGAGAGUGUGCAAAGAGAAGUGGGUGCAAAGUGCUUUUUCUAAGGCGCACCACUGAGCUUCAUGGCAGAGUGUAUCCGUUAGUUAACAGAAACAGCUAGAAGAGGUUUGGGGCCCUCAAGUCCCCCCUCAAGUGCUGACCCUCCGCACUUAGGAAACCAGAGAACACACCUCAAAACUGCCUCCGGGGCUUGGAUCCACUACACCCCCUUGCCUAUUGGAAAGGGCUCUCUCCAGUCAGCCUGGAGGGCCGCAAGCUCUGGGACUGGACAUAUGCUAUUUAAACAGGCACUUUCUCCUUUGCGGGGGCUUAUUUUUGUUCCAGAACUAGACCAGAGUUGUUUGAUCCUCCUUUGGGGGAGGGCUGCAGAAUCCUCUUUGCCCUUAAUCCUUUCUAUCCCUUGGAAUCUGCCUGCUAGCCAGUAGGAGAGCUAGCUUUGGAGGAAGCUGGGCAGCUCCCUGACCCUCACACUGACCCCUGGGAGGGUAAACCUCACAGGCCGUUUGAGCCAAUUAUCCCUGAGACUGGGUUAGAAGCAGCAGCCUCCGCUUGGCAUUUCAGCAGCUUUUUAAGAACUAUAACCAUUUCGAAAGAAAACCCAUAUAACCAUAUUCUGUUCUAUCAAAGCUGGUUUUUUUAUAGAGGACAUUUGGCCACGGUGUCCUACGUGCCAAUGAGUCAAACAUUGUGGUCUCUACUUACAUAAGUUAGUAAAUGUGCAUCUGUUAUUAAAAUAGGCCAUCUUGGAAGCAGGAGGCCGUAGCAUAAUCUUCCAGAACCACGGUGUGCAUACAGGCUUCUUUUGCUCAGUAAGUAAAGAAGGUAGAAAGCCCCGGGUCCCAGGCUGGAAUUUACGUGAGCAGUGCCGCCACCUGCCACCUGUGGUGCAGAGAGAAUGUUGGUGGGGAAAUAAGGCUAAGAAAACACAUGCAUUUAACUCUCAAAAGGUAAUUAGGAAUCAAACCCAGAGACUUUGGCUUGGCUGAAAACUAACCAGGAAUUUUUUUUUUCCAUUUUUACCCCGAAAGUGGUCAAAUAUUUACUCCUCCACCGGGAGGGGGGAAUUGACAGUUUCACAAGGGCAGCUUGGAGGACCGAGGGGCAGAGACACAUAGCAGCAGUCCUGCAGCCUUGGCACCCAGUGCUGGGGGCCACCCUUCCAGCCUCAGCACAAGAUUCCAGUACCUCAUAGUGGAAAUAUGGGAUGUGUGUGUGUGUGUGUGUGUGAGAGAGAGAGAGAGAGAGAGAUAAUAGUUUUAAAACACAAGGUCUUAAGCCGAUUAACAGUUUUAUGACUUAACUAAUAAAAGGAACACCUUCUGCCUCAUCUGAAUAGAGGCCACUUCAAAUUCUUUUUGCACCUGCCGGCCCAGGGUAACUUCACAGACGACACAAAAUUUUUCUAACUCCCUUCAUACCCUCAUCCCCCUCCUGGACACAAUACAGAAUGUCUGUCACUUUCCCCAAAGUUUUGGUUCUCCCAGACUAAAGCAGGCUGGGCACUUUGUGAGCCAAUGUUGGAAAAUAUCCUUUAAAUGCCAUGCCCUAGAUAUACUCUUCUGUUUCUUUUCUUUUCUUUUCUUUUUUUUUUUUUUAGAGAGAGAGAGAUUUUAUUUAUUUAUUCCUGAGAGACACACAGGGACAGAGACAUAGGGAGAGGGAAAAGCAGGCUCCCUGCAGACAACCCAGUGUGGGUCAUGCCCUGGGCCGAAGGCAGAUGCUCAACCGCUGAGCCACCCAGGCAUCCCUAUUCUUGUUUCUAAUGCAGUGACUCUUCUGUUCCUAUCAAGUUGUUUUGGUUCGUGAUGGCGACAAAAAAAUUGUUCAGCAGAACCUACUGAAGAAAAAAAAAUCCAUCAGAUGUUGCAUAAUCCAUAGAGAGCAAUUGGGACAAAUGUCAUUAUCACCCUUUCCACCCAUUUCGCAGAUCCUUGGGUAUUUAAUUAUAUGUGCAAUCAGUUGUGUACCUAAUUCUGAGAGUCCUCUGCUCGCUGAAAUUAAGAAUAAAAUGUUUCACACUCAGGCACAAAAGCUGAAUUACAAUGAAUGUAUUUAUCCUGCAGACCUGUUAACCUAAACAACUCUGUUUGAAAGGUUUAAGCAUUAAGAACGUUUGAUAUUAUUUGGAGUUCUAACAUUGCCUACUAGAACUCCCACUAUGUGGUGCAAGCAGAGUCACUUUCUCCUUGAGCAAUAGGCCGCUGUCACUAUCUCUCUCUGCUCUCAUUUCUAUGUAUAUAAUUCAAGACAUUGCUUUCUGAUAGAAGCCCGAUUUGAUUUAGGUGCUUGGUAUCAAAGUCAUUAAUUUUCUAAAAACAUCUGGUAUGAUUUAUAUACCAUGAUACAAGUAUAGGAACAAGAUUUAAAAUGUUUAGCAUAGGAUGUAUACGACGAGGUCAAUGUUAGAGUCUGUGGCAAAAAACAAAACCAUCUAGUUUUCCAAGUUAAAGGUAUGUUAAAGGAUAGAUCUUUAUUUCCAAGGUUAAAUGCUAUGAUAAAUAACUGUAAAGAGAAAAUAUCUCUGACUUCUCGUUUGGGAAAACAGUACUGUUUGAUUUUCAGAAGAUAGGCAAUUGGAAUGUCAAGGCACUUAGGGAAACGUUGAACUAUUGCUAGUAGUUAACAAACACUGGUUCGUAGGAGAGAAAAAAAAUGCCUGGUAAAUUCAUUUUUGUAUGUGUGCUCCAAGAACGUAUGCUUUCAAAUGCUGCAAGGGAAAGAUUCUUGGUAAGGAAAAUUAGAACAUAACCCGUAAGAUUUACUUAAGGUUUACAGUAAGCUCCUAAGGAGAUGUGUGAUGUCAAAUGACAAGUAGUCUGGGGUUUACUUAGGUGCGGAUCCUGAUGAUGCUGCAUUUUCCUUUUCAGCCUGCACAUUGAUAUAUUUUUAGCUCCUGGGUUGCUUUUCAGAUGUAGCCCUCCCUUCUGUAAUGAAUGCUUGUUAAGGGGGUGAACCCCUGAAUGUGAGCCCCGUGUGUCAGCCUGAGAAAUAAAAAAGAUAGGACUUG